AUGAAAUAUCUUUACAAAUACAUUUGUAAAGGACAUGACAAAAUAGCAUUUUCUGUACAGAAUAAUGAUACAAAUAUAGAGAUAGAUGAAGUCAAAGAGUAUCAGUCUGCUAGAUGGGUAUCACCUCCAGAAGCUAUAUGGCGUCUCUUUGGUUUUCCUAUUAGUGAAAUGUCGCCGAAUGUCUAUCGUCUUCAACUACAUCUUGAAGGCCAGCAAUUUGUUUCUUUUAAAAGCAAUAUUGAUAUAAAUACGAUUGUGAAUAAUCCAAUGAUAAAAAAAACAAUGUUAACAGAAUUCUUCUACAUGAACGAAACUGAUGAAGAUGCUAAAGAGCUCAAUUUAUUGUACAAAGAAUUUUCUGAAUACUUUGUGUGGUCCUCUACUGAUAAAUUUUGGGCACGUCGAAAACAACGUUCUGCUAUUGGUCGCAUUGUAACUACUUUUAGAGAUUCCGUGGAAAAAAGAGGAUUGUUACACUGUGAUAACAGUUUGAUAGAAUGCAUGUCUGAAGCUGCAAAUUAUCAAAUGCCAUAUAGUUUAAGGCGUUUGUUUGCUACUUUAUUAGUAUAUUGUAAUCCUACUAAUCCAAGAAAAUUAUGGGAGCAAUUUGAAGAGUCAAUGAUCGAAGACUAUAAAGUGUUACAAAAUAUAGAAAGAAGAGAAAUUCGAUAUCAAGCUCUGAAUAAUAUCAACGAUAUUUUAUAUUUUAUGGGUCAUGAUAUAAAUGAGUAUGAACUCAUCCCAGAAACUAUCAAGCCUUCUACAGCAGCAAAUGAAGCAAAAGAGGUUCAUUUUGAAAGAUCUAUUAUUGUCCGUGAAGAUGACGUGUUGUUGCAUACGAGAUUAAACAAAGAUCAGCUGAUAGCAUAUAACAUGAUUAUUGAUAGAGUAUUUUCAAAUAAAGCCGGCGCAUUUUUUAUCGAUGGUCCUGGAGGAACUGGAAAAACUUUUUUAUAUCGUGCUUUACUAGCAACUCUACGGUCCAUGGGAUACAUAGCUUUGGCCACAGCUACCUCUGGUGUCGCUGCUUCUACUCUCCCGGGUGGACGCACUGCACAUUCUCGCUUUAAAAUUCCCAUUGAUAUUGAUGAAAAUAGUACCUGUAACUUUAGUAAACAAAGUUCACUUGCAAGUCUAAUUCGAGAUGCAAAGUUGAUUGUGUGGGAUGAAGUAUCUAUGGCAAAUAAACGAAUGUUGGAAGUCUUUGAUUUGCUUUUACAAGAUCUCACAAAUACAAAUAUUUUAUUUGGUGGAAAAGUUGUCGUUUUAGGGGGUGAUUUUAGACAAACUCUUCCCGUUGUCAGAAAUGGAAAGAAGGAAGAUUUCAUUAAUGAAAGUUUGUUAUAUUCUAGUAUCUGGAAUGAACUUGAAAAAUUACACCUCUCAGAGAACAUGAGAGCUAAAACAGAUCCUGCAUUUUGUGCUUACUUGAUGAGUAUUGGAAAUGGACAAGAACAAGCUAGCUCAACAAACAUGAUUAAAUUUCCGGAUUCUUUAGUCAUUCCUUUUACAACCGAACGUGAAUCUUUACAUAAAUUAUUCAGAGAGACAUAUCCAAGUUUGAAUUGCUUCAACUCUAAUUCAUUCUGUACAGAUUCCCGUGUAAUUUUGACAACAAAAAAUGAUUUUGUCAAUGAAAUAAAUGACAUGCUUAUUGAUCAAUUCCCCGGAGAAGAUCCAAAGGGAGUAAAUAUGUGUUGUAUUCGAGCAAAGAGGAAUAUCUUACAUGCAUAUAGGCUUCCAAAGACUUGUUACAGGUGCUCUGCGAACCAGCUUGCUCAGGAGAAAAAUAGGUACAAUAUUCAUCUAGCUUUUAUAGCUGCACAAGGGAAUUCCUUGAUUGUGUCUGACUAUGGCCAGUUGGAACUUACGAUUCUUAUACUUCUUGCCAACUGUAAGAACAUGCUAAAUGCUUCCAAAACUGGUGAAGAUUUCCAUUUAAGGACUGUUAUAAAGAUGUAUCCUUACAUCCAUGAAGUUGUUGAAAAGGGUCAGGUACUUCUCGAAUGGCAUCCUCAACCAGCUGAAGAAAAGCCACCAGUUCCUUUGCUAAAGCUAACUGCAAAACACUUAUUCUACUUCCGAGAGGAAAAAUUCCGCUUCUUCAAAAGCACAAGAAUUUUAGUGCAGGAAGAUGCUUUAGCUCCUGAAAGAAAGAAGGCAAAAAUGCUCAAUUUUUUAGCUGCGUACGACAGAACUAUCAGAACUACUGUUAGACUUGCCGCCAAAUAG